AUGCCUCACAGUCUCUCCUUCUGUCAUUGGCUUCCAUUCAAACCCAGGUUACCACCAAGCGUUCGCUCUCACAUUUUCAUCGGGAACUGCAUCACCCUCGAUUCCGACGGCACGCAGGCUGCCAAUUAUCGAUCAGUUGAGUAUGGAAAUGCUUCUUUUGGCGCUCAUUUUCUCUUCUGGUUUCCCCACCGCUGCCGCAGCAUUGGCCUCCCAAGCCAGGUUCUGAUGCCGCAGAUGCACACUCGCUGUGAAGUUCGCCUUCUUCGUCCUGAAGACCAGUUCGAUUCCUCCCCCCUUCCGUACUCUUCAUACGAGGAUCCUUCAUCCCUCGAAUUGUCCGUGAAAGAAAAAAGAGUUCAUCGAUGCUUCCACCCUGUCCACCUUGGGGGUGGCGACGAACUCCCCACUGACGACUCGCGGGAGGAAGGAACCUUGACGGAAGAGAAGAUCGCCAAUGGAAGGAGGAGGAAUGGUACUGGUCUUAGCGACAUCCGAACCUGGCCCGUAAGUGGAGCAGCAUGGUACCGGUGGAGAUGCCAAAUGAACAGCGGGCGCAUCAAUGAGGAAGCCGCUGUGAAGGCGACUAUUGUUCAUUUCCGGAGCGCUGUUGAGAAAAGCAUAGGCAGUGAAAGUCACUAACCACUCCCGAUAUUACGCAAUUGGCGACGCUGAAAAUUUGUCAUCAUCUUCCCUUUUGGGUUGUUUCCUUUUCUUUACAUGCUUUCUUUUACGUCAUCCUGUCCCUUCUCUUCUUUUACUUUCCUUCC